AUGCGCGUUGCUUACUCUCUGCCGGUCUUUGUGGGCGUUGCCGCCGCAGCGGCCUGUAACGGCAAUGACGCUCUCUGUGGGAAGAAGUAUUCAGACGUGACGUUCGUCGGAUCCCACAACAGUGCCUUUGUCGGCAUCACGCCAGCACAUAAUCAAUAUGCAUCAGUAACGGACCAGCUUAAUCUCGGCGUACGCUUCCUGCAAGCUCAGACCCAGAACAAGGACGGACAGAUCCAAAUGUGCCAUACGGACUGCGCUCUAUUAGAUUCGGGGCCCCUAUCCAAAUAUCUCGACGAGAUUACCACGUGGAUGGAGGCGCAUCCGCGGGAAGUGGUCACCUUGCUUCUGACCAACAUUGACGCAAUGCCAGUCACGCAGUUCGGCGACACCUUCAAGAGUACGGGGUUGGAUAAAUACGUCUUCAAGCCUCAGGAGAAAGUGGCUAUAGAUCAGUGGCCUACACUUGAGGCUCUGGUUGAUGACGGGACAAGACUGGUCGUUUUCAUGGACUAUCAUGCCGACACGAGCAAAGUCGACUACAUCCUCGACGAGUUCCAGUACUACUGGGAGACUCCUUUCGGGGAGACUAACGCAGAUUUUCCCAAUUGCAACAUCGACCGGCCACAGGGCCUCGACCCGAAUGGAUACAUGUAUCUUGUCAACCAUUUUCUCGACAUUGAGCUGUUUGCAGGCAUCAAGAUUCCUAACCAAAUCGAGGCACCAACGACGAACUCCUUGUCUUCCAUCGACAAGCAGGUCGACUUGUGCAGAGGGAUGUGGGGACGAACGCCGAACGUCGUUUUGGGGCUGACUGAGGGACACAAGCUCGACUGGAUCAACAUUGGUGAGGCGAUCAAGGCACAGAGUCAAUACAACGCUUGA